AAAGUAAAAUAAUGAAAAGUAAAAUAAUGAUAAUCAGGCUCAUGUAAAUUAGCAAAUGCACAAUCAGGUUUUUAAGAUUCGCUGAUUUUGAUUUUUUUAUGAUCGUGAGAUGGAAACUUAAUGAAGGCUAACAGAGGAGGACGAUACUCUCCAUUCAUAACAUUAAACUCUUGCUCAUUACUGAGAGUCAGAUCCUACAAUAUCUCACAUCUCUUUAAUCAAACCUUUUGUUUUAAUUACUGAAGUGAUUGAUCAUUCUGUGCUAUCAUAACAUGCGCAUGAUCAUGUGUGGUGUGGCCUGGGAAUUAUGGUGGCUUUCCCAGACCACGAGUCAGACACCACGCCUGUUGCGGGGCACGUCGCCUGCUAUGAUCUAAAUGGCUGGGAUCGACAAGGAGCACUGGAAGAAAUUGGCUGAUAAGCUAGGCGAAAUCAACAAGGCCAUAAUUGCCAUUGGUCCAAUAAAACUUGAUGUCGUUAAACUAGUGGCUAAUUUUGCUUUUCAAAUACCACGGUCCGACCUUGAAGAAGCCGAUCGUCUCACUUCAGUGUACAUUCUACUGGAGCGUAAAUAUGGUAGUAGCUCUGCCCUCAAUUUACUUAUCAUGAUUCUCUUGCGUUUGGAUGUGCAAAGGCCACUCGUCGAUGCUCUGAAAGAACAUGCUAAACAAAACGAGACAGUCGUUGAAGGCAUUGAUCUGAGGAUGAUGGAUUUCAUUCUAACCGUUUGUUCUAUCUUAUGUAGCUUGGAUCGCGUAAAGUAUCAUUCUUUAAGGAAGAUGGCAAUACGUACUUUUUUGCCUCAGUUUGAUGUCUCAAACGUCAUAUCAAGAACUCAUCUCUUGGAGCUCCUCUUUAAUCGAGACUGUCUCACACCAGACUCAUUCCAGUACCUUUUUGCUUGGCUGGAAUUAAUCGGUUGUAGCCUGUAUCAUGAAAAGUUACGUGGGUACUGCAGACGCCAUCAUCUUACAGUACCAGAAUGGCAUCACCUUGCAGAGUCCACAGUCUCUACACUAAAAGAGAGUCAUCUUAAUGCUAAAAAGAGUACUGGUCAUUGCCGGCCCUUUCUAGAUGUAUGUAGGAAGAGUCUUUAUGCUAUAAGAGAUGGUAGUGCCAUAACUGAUUCCCAAUUACUGAUGAAUCCCAAAUCAGAACUUACAGCUGCUUUCCCUAGUUGUGGUUAUGCAUAUGCAACACGCCAUCCGAUUGAAGCAUCAGGUCCCACACUUCUUGUUGCUCAAAAAACAAGUGCACUAAGUUCUACUUCAGUUCUGGAACCGUUUACAAUGGAAGCUUUUCAGUUGGAGUCAACAAUGGAAGCUUCUCAGUUGGAGUUGAUGACUUCAGCUUCUCAUCUCCCUCUUGUAUACAGGGAUAAUCUCAUUACUCUCAUUAAUGAAGCUAUUACUAUCCAAUUGCUGCAGCCUGCAUGUAAAACAUUAGAAAAAUCACUCAAUUUACUCUUCUCUCAAUAUACUCCAGCUGAAUCUGUUGCCUUUUUUCUUCAAUGUCUGUCUGCUCUGGGUUGGGAUGGGCAUGUCAACCAGUUAAAAUCUGAAGCAGAUGAGACCUUUUCUUUGUUGACCUCUUAUCCAGAGGUUCUGAGUAGGGCAGGUGAGAUAAAAGGGAGAAUCAAGACAGAUCUUACCUCAAUUGUUGCUGAAAUCGACCUGUCUCUUCUCGGUUUUUAUGUGGAGCUGCUCAAUCUUUCGCUGCUUGGAACAAUCUUCUCAACAGAAACAUUUUAUGAGACUAUAUAUUUGAUGUUUGAUCACUUGUUGAUGACAACAGAGUCUCCUUCUAAAACUGCAAGUAUCAUUUAUUCAGUCCUUGGUUACUUCCAUUGCAAUGAGAAAGCAGUAUCUAAACUAGGCCCCUACUUGAUACCAGGCUUUUCUUUACGUUUAUCAUAUCCUGAGAUAUACUUUAAAUUAAGGAUUGUUGAGUUCUUAUAUGGUCUAGGGGAAGAUGUUUGCAGAUUAGCAAUGACGGUUUUUUCUCGUAUUCACUUAAAUGAUGAACCCAUUGACAAGUAUUCUCCACUGGAAUUUAUUGGAGCAUUAUUUGAUCGUUGUGAAGCAGAUGUAGCAAAGCUUAAUGAGCUGUCAGGAUAUUUUAACCAGCCUGACUUUUUUGAUUUGUGUGUACAGCAAGAGAACAAAACCAUGUCUUUUGAUAGUGAUUUAUCUUUUCCAGUAACCAUUGAAAGCAAUCAUUGUGAAGCCACACCUUUGCCAACUGAUGGAGCUAGAAUGACUUUUAUGACCAAUUGCUGUAAAUUAAAAAGAGAUGAUUUCAUAAAUUUGGAAGGGUUAAUCUCAAGGUCACGAUUUGGGAUAGAUCUAGUUAAAGUUCAUUCAUGUCCUCCUCCUAUAUCCGACAUUGUAGUUAAGAAUUUUGUUGCUCACUUAUGUCUAAUAGACAAAUCAAGCAAAAUUCUCAGGCCGUUCAGUCAAAAAGAGCAAGUUGCUAUUCAUUUAGCCAUUCAGGGGCUUAAUGAAGUAGCUGAAUCAUUAUUUUCUGAAGGUGUAGUACUAUCCCAUGCUUUGGUUUAUGUGUUGCUGGAUAGAUUGGGCUACCCAGUAAAGAAGCUGGCUACUCCUCCUGCUGAGACAGAAAAGUUAUCAAUAUACCUAGAACAUCCCAAUUUUGAUAUGCUACUGACAUUAGCGGAAAUAAUUCGACUGAUGAGUUCUCGGGAAUCUGAGCUGUUUGACAGAGUCAUUUCCUCUUCUGGCUUUUUGAGUUUUAAAUUUAAUAAUGUAUCUAUUUGUGACACCCUAACAAAGAAAUAUAGAAAUGGUGAUUUAGAUAUGAAUGACGUGUUAAAAUGGCUGGAAGAAUCCAAAUGUUCCAAGUAUAAAUUAUAUAUUUUUGAGUAUUUUGAAAGACGUAACAAGACAGAGGCAAAGCAUAAAGCACUGGAAAGAGGGAUACAAGAAGGAUAUGUAUCUCUCAAUUAUAUCAAGAUAGUUAUAUGUGGUCCUCCUUGUGUUGGUAAAACAGCAUUCAAGGAUUUAUUGGCUAACAGACCACCUCCUCUCAAACACAAUAGCACACCCAUAGCUGCCCGUCCUGUGCAUGCUAUUGAGAGAAUAGCUGCUGGAGGCAAAGUGUGGAAAGAAAUUACCGAAGAGGAUCUACUGAAGAUGCUUUCCAAUAUUAUACGUGAAACUGAAGAACCUGUUUUAGACUUUUAUGCAGUGCAUAAUGAUGUCCUAUCUUCAUCUACAACAGAGUUAACAACAAGUCCGUUAUCAGUCCCUCUUUUGAAAACCUCACCACCAUUAUUUUCUCCAAUUGAUUCAAAGUUUCCAGUUCACCAUUUUUUGUUACCAUCAAUUGCUAAUUCGACUAAAGAAUCUUUUUCUGCUUCAUUACCAGCAGUACUUGACUCUACCUUAAUAACAAUUUCAUCACCAUUGACUAAAUCGUCAUCUGCACCAGUGCUUCAAUCUACCUCUUCAUCAUCGUCAACACUUUCUCCAGUGCUCCAAUUUCCCUCAACAACAAAACUAUCACCAACAAAUGAAAUACCUGACUUGUAUUCUUAUCAAGCUGCCAAUAGCACUUCUGAGCUAAAGAAAGAUUUUGACUAUGCGUCAAGAAAAAUUAUUGAGCAAUUGUCUUUGGAAAAAAAGGAAGGCUCACAAAAGCUACAUGAAGCUACUUGGAUUCACCUUUUAGACAGUGGAGGCCAGCCUCAGUUUACUGAUCUCCUUCGUAUGUUUGUACGUGGUAAUUCACUGUACAUCAUUGUCAUGAAGGUGACCGAAUCCCUUCAUGACAAACCUACAUUCGUUUACUCUAUCAAUGGUAAAGCACUCAAUACGCCAAAAGAAAUGACCAUGACUAAUCUUCAGAUUAUUGAGAGGUUUGUUCGUUCCGUUGCAGCAGCUUCAAGAGAAGGCACAAGCAAACCAGCUUUUGCUAUAGUAGCCACUCAUUGUGACAAACAAUCAUUUGUAAUGCAGAAAUUUGGUAAGAAAGAAGCAAUUGAAAGGAAAAAUGAGAUUCUCCUGUCACAGUUGAGUGAUUUUGUUGAUUUCUUUGUAUUCUAUAAUCAUGAUUCUAAUGAGUUGAUUUUUCCUGUGAACAAUCUUUGCCAGAAGAAUCGGGAAACAAUUUCAGCUGAAAUUCGCCACCGCCUUGUGUCUGACAUUACAUUUAAUAUUAAGAUACCAGUACGUUGGUAUGUGUUUGAUUUGAAUAUGAAGAAUGAAGCAUCAAAGGAGACACGUGGAAUGAUCUCACUUGAGUCCUGUUACUCUAUUGGUCAAAGGUUAGAAAUGGAUAAAGAAGAGGUUGAAAGGUGUCUCAUUUAUUUGGACUCAAUGAGGUUAUGUAUCUAUUAUCAUAAGCUCCUUCCUCAUGUAAUCUUCACUAAUCCUCAGUUUCUGAUAGAUUGCCUCUCCAAUAUUGCUUGUGUGUCCUUUAUUGAUGAUUUAAGGCAAAUGUUACCAGGAGUUGGCCUAUCUAAAGAAAUGAUACAUUUACUUAAAUGUAAGGGAACUUUUGAUAAGGCACUAUUGCAUAGUCUUAAAUCGACAUUAAAAUUUGUUCCUGGUCUGUUCUCUAUGGAUGAUCUCCUAACAUUACUAAAGCAUCUACUUGUUAUCUCCACCAUUGAAGGAGUUCAGGAAAUCAAAUAUUUCAUUCCUAUUCUUCUACCUGCAGAACAAAGACAGAAAAGUUUCUUUGCUAAAUCAGCUAAAUCAGAGCCUCUUCUCAUUACAUUUAAUGAUAAGCUAAUUUUACAGGGUUUAUUUCCAACAUUGGUAGUUUCUUUAUUAAGUCGAAAUAAAGAGCCUUUCUUCUUCAUUGAUAGUAGUACUACUGAUUUUCCCCAGCAGCUCCGACAUGCAGUGAAGCUCUACACAGAGGAACUCUUUGGAUCAGUAUUCCUUUGUGAGAAUAAAGAAUCAAUUGAAGUUUACUUCACUGGUCUUCCUCAACAUUGUUACCUCCUUCGUAAAGUAAUCAUAGAAGCUUUAUCAGCAAGUGCUGAAGUAUUGCAAUACGAUGAGAAGAAAUUAAAUAUGUCUGCUCUUGUUCAUUGCAAGCAUAAGCAUGACAUCCCUGCUAAUGACGAGAAGAUUCACCCAAUUAAAAUCUCUUACAAGAAUAACCCACCUCUAAUUUGUUGCAGUGUUGAAACUAGUCCUACCAUCACUAUUAAUGAUAUAAGUGAAAAGCAAAGCUGCUGGCUAAUAGGUGCACCAGCCUGUACAGAUCCUGAUACCAUUUCCUUACCAGCUGAUGGAAAUGCAUUGUUAAAUCAUACUCAUGCUUCUAUUUUUCUUGAUGCUAUUAAAUGUGUGGUGUUUCAAUGGGAAACUUUAGGCAUUCACUUGGGAAUUAAAAAGUACAAGUUAGAUGAGAUCAAGUAUAAUUGUCACGAUCAAGUUCAAGUUUGUCGUAAAGAUAUGAUCCAUCACUGGAUAGAUACAAGUUGUGCUACAUGUAAUGCAUUAAUAAAAGCACUGGAGAAAAUAGGAGAACGUGCUAUCAUUGAUGACAUAAAGCGUUUGCAAACUGCUGGAUGUAGGUAUUGAAUUUUUAAUUUUAUUUUUUGCUUUAAUGAUACUGACAAUAGCUAUUUGCUUUUUGUUAUUGCUCUUCCUUUAUUAUUGAGUUUUUUUCAUGAAUUUUAUUGUCUAAAAAAUUUGAUACAACAAUUUGUAGUGACAGCAAAAA